AUGGAGCAGUCACAGUGUGGCAGCAGAGACCGCAGCGGCAGCGGCCGACCCCACCUGGCCCCGGGGCUGGUGGCGGCCGCCCCUCCGCCCCGGUCUCCGGCGUUGCCAGUGCCCCCGGGGAUACCGGUUCCUCCAACUUUCCUGCGGCCGCCCAGCCUCUUUCUGCGGGCAGCCGCAGCCGCCGCGGGAAGCGGGGGCUGCGCGCCGGCUCCCGGACUGGAGAGAGGGGUGGGCGCCGUGGGCUGCGGCUAUCCGCGGACACCCAAGUGCGCCCGUUGUCGCAACCACGGCGUCGUGUCGGCACUCAAGGGCCACAAACGCUUCUGCCGCUGGCGGGACUGCGCGUGUGCCAAGUGCACCCUGAUAGCCGAGCGCCAGCGCGUCAUGGCCGCCCAGGUGGCGCUGCGCCGGCAGCAGGCCCAGGAGGAGAGCGAGGCCCGGGGGCUGCAGAGGUUCCUGUACCCGGGGCCCUGCGGGCCCGGGGGUCGGACACCCGGAGGCGGCAGCCGAACGGAGAAUUCCCAGGCCUCGAGCGGCCGUGUGGCGGUGACGACGCUGGGACUGGGUGCCCUGAGACACACUGAUCUGGCGACCCCUGCUUUCCAAGUUGUCCAGCUAGAUGAUAUGGAGGAAAACCAAGAACUAAAAGAGAGUAAAUAUGAAUCAUGCCAGAGUGGACAAGAAGAGCCAGUCUCCAAAUCCCAUCAACGUACUCUGGGAUCCUCUCCUAAGCCUAAUGGUGUCAUUGGAAAACAAAACAUCAGGCCGUCUAUUUCAGAAAACUCAAUCAAGGAUGAUAGCAUUCAGCCUCCUCACCCUGGGGAGUUAUCAGGAGGGGAAGAGAGUCCCAGGUCCCUGUCAUCAUCUGAUUUGGAAUCAGGAAAUGAAAGUGAGUGGGCCAAAGACUUCACUGCUACCAGAGCCAGCCUUCCCACACUGUCCUCAAGACCAAGAGACCCUCUUGAUAUCCUUACCAGGAUUUUCCCAAGUUAUAGGCGUAGCCGACUAGAAGGCAUUCUGCGGUUCUGCAAAGGGGAUGUGGUCCAAGCCAUUGAACAGGUCCUAAAUGGGAAGGAGCACAGACCAGACACCAGGGACCUAGCAAGCUCAGGAGAAUUGGCAAAUACAGCUUUUCAGAGAGCUUCAAAUUUUAGUUUAGGUGGAAUUGGUUUUGGAACUCUAGGGAAUAAAUCAGCUUUCUCUCCUCUUCAGACUACGUCUGCCUCUUAUGGAGGUGAUUCACAUCUCUACAGCUUAAACCCCAGACUAGGUAUCAAUCCGUUACGGCUGGCAUAUUCCCCUCCAGGAAGAGGGCUAUCUGGUUUUAUGUCUCCUUACCUAACUCCGGGGUUGGUACCAGCACUGCCUUUUCGGCCAGCUUUGGAUUAUGCAUUUUCAGGAAUGAUUAGGGAUUCUUCCUACCUUCCUAGCAAAGACUCCAUAACUGGUGGCAGAUUGUAUUCCAGGCCAAAUCAGGACAAUCUGUAAUAUUUCUGCCUAUUCUCUCUUUCUGGAACAUUUCUAGAAGCAUGCAACACAACCCUCACAUCCACAGCUAUUAAUGUGUACAUUAUGUAUGUGAGUGGAUGACUAGGCCUUAU